UGGGCCAGCAAUCCAGAUCGGGAAGAUUAAUGAGGUACGGAGGAACCUCUAGACCAGACAUCUGUAAAGAGUUCAGAGCCCCGCCAAUUCCAUGAGCAGCAAAGAUUUCAUGGAGCUGAAGAGUAUGACGGCCCCCAGAGCCGAGGGCUACAGCAACACCGGCUUCCAGAUUGAAGACGACUUUGAUGAAAAGCAGAACACAUCAGGAAACAACAAUUCGCUAAGGUGUAGAGCUGCGCAAAACACCCAGCAGGAUGAAGAACAGGUCACCAUUGAGCAGGAUUCUGUGAGAAACAAAGAAGAUGUGGAGGCCGAUCCAGAGAUAUAUCAAAAAGGGUAUCUGGAAAGGAAGUAUGAUACAGUUUGUGAUUUUUAUAGGAAACAUAAAACCACCUUUCGGUACAUCAUCUGGGGCAUCUUAAUAGUAGGUUACCUGGCUAUGGUGAUCGCAGCUUGUGUGCUGAACUUUCACAGAGCCCUUCCCCUUUUUGUGAUCACCGUGGCUGUCAUCUUCUUUGUGGUCUGGGACUACUUUAUGGCCAAAUAUGAGCAUCGAAUCAAUGAAUGCCUAUCUCCUGGCAGAAGGCUCCUAAGCAGCCAGUGGUUCUGGAUGAAGUGGGUGAUUUGGAGCUCACUGGUCCUGGGCGUUAUAUUCUGGCUGAUCUUUGACACCGCCAAACUGGGCCAGCAGCAGCUGGUGUCCUUUGGCGGGCUCAUCAUGUAUAUUGUCCUGGUGUUUCUAUUUUCCAAGCAUCCAACCAAAGUUUACUGGAGACCUGUCUUUUGGGGAGUUGGGUUACAGUUUCUUCUUGGGCUCUUAAUCCUAAGGACUGACCCUGGAUUUAUGGCUUUUGAUUGGUUGGGCAAACAAGUUCAGACCUUCUUGGAGUAUACUAACGCUGGGGCUGAAUUUGUCUUUGGUGAGAAAUAUACAGACCACUUCUUUGCAUUUAAGGUCCUGCCAAUUGUGGUUUUCUUCAGCACAGUCAUGUCCAUGCUCUACUACCUCGGACUGAUGCAGUGGAUCAUUAGAAAGGUCGGAUGGGUAAUGCUAGUGACUAUGGGAUCAUCUCCUAUUGAAUCUGUAGUUGCUGCUGGCAAUAUAUUUGUUGGACAGACAGAGUCUCCACUGCUGGUCCGACCCUACUUACCACACAUCACCAGGUCAGAACUUCACGCAAUCAUGACCGCUGGCUUCUCUACCAUUGCUGGAAGCGUGUUAGGUGCAUACAUUUCUUUCGGGGUUUCAGCCUCCCACUUGUUAACUGCCUCAGUCAUGUCCGCACCUGCAUCAUUGGCUGUGGCUAAACUGUUUUGGCCUGAGACCGAAACACCUAAAAUAACCCUCAAGAAUGCCAUGAAAAUGGAAAGUGGCGAUUCAAGGAACCUCCUAGAAGCCGCAACACAGGGAGCAUCCUCAUCCAUCUCCCUGGUGGCAAACAUCGCUGUGAACUUGAUUGCCUUCCUGGCCCUGUUGUCUUUUUUGAAUGCAGCCCUGUCCUGGUUUGGAAACAUGUUUGACUACCCGCAACUGAGUUUUGAGAUAAUAUGCUCCUACAUCUUCAUGCCGUUUUCCUUCAUGAUGGGAGUGGACUGGCAAGACAGCUUUAUGGUUGCCAAACUCAUAGGCUAUAAGACAUUUUUCAAUGAAUUUGUAGCAUAUGAACACCUCUCAAAAUUGAUCAGUUUAAGAAAAGAGGCUGGACCCAAAUUUGUGAAUGGUGUGCAGCAAUAUAUGUCGAUUCGUUCUGAGACUAUUGCCACUUACGCUCUCUGUGGUUUUGCUAAUUUCGGUUCCCUAGGAAUAGUGAUCGGCGGACUCACAUCUAUGGCUCCUUCCAGAAAGCGCGAUAUUGCCUCGGGGGCAGUGAGAGCUCUCAUCGCGGGGACCAUCGCCUGCUUCAUGACAGCCUGCGUUGCAGGGAUACUCUCCAGCACCCCUGUAGACAUCAACUGCCAUCACAUUUUGGAGAAUGCUUUCAACUCCAAUUCACCUGCAAACACAACCGAGGUGGUAUCUUGUUGUCAAAGCCUAUUGAACAGCACUAUUGUCAAUGGUCCUAAUGACAUCAUCCCAGGAGGAAAUCACAGCUUGACUUCUUUAAGGGGCUGCUGCAAGUUGUUGACCCCACCAACACUGAACUGCAGUUGGAUCUCUGAUGCAUUUUGAGUUCAGCUACUUCUCCAACAGAACUCUAGGUACAGAUGCUGAAUUUUCUACUUUGGGGAGGAAAAGAAAAACUGCUCUUCACAGAUUGAUAUCCCCAUCAUGGAAUUGGUUUUAAUUGGAAAGAAGAGAAACAGGAGUGAACACUGCAGAUCUCCAGCAUCAUCCCCCUCUCCUACCCACCCUCCCUUCACUAAACCCUUCCCCACUGAGAACCACCAUGAUAUCUCAAGAUGAGCUGUUGUCUCCAGUCCCGGAGAUGUUUUCUGACCCUAGAAUUUUAUGAUCGUUUUACCAGAAUACAUGUAUAAAUGAUAGCUCAUGACAAUGGGACUACGUUUUAGCCACACCCAGAGGGGGUCCCUUCUCAAACAUCUCAGGGAAGGUCACUGAGACCUUCAACCUCACAUGGAGAAUUGUUUAUCACCCACUCAUUGCCUGCCCUAAGGAAGUCCUACAGAAAUCAAGAGUCCUCCAGGAGAAAAUUUAGACCAUUCUAAAACCAGGUUUUAAAUCCUGUGUGCUUAGAAAGUUAGACCAGUCAGCUUACCCCUAAACUAUGCUGUAAUAACAAAUAAGCCAAAAACCAUGAUGACUUACAAGUUUAUUUUUCCCCUCACACCAUAUGCUUAUGGAGGGUCAAUUUUGGCUGCAUUUCAUUUCCAGGACUCAGGCUAAAGGAGCAGCCACUAUGUGGAGUAUGUUGGGAUGGGGAGAAAGGUGGCCUUUAAAUUUUCUGCUAGGAAGGAGCCUUCACUUCCACUGCCUUCCGUUACCUGAAUUUAAUCAUGUGACAAGCACGAUGUCAAUGCUUAUGGAUGAAUUUUUCUGCCCUAGGGAGGGAUAGUGAGUAUUUUGAAGAAACAUGGUAUAAUACAUGGAUGUAUGAUAUCCGUGUCUCCCUUCAAUGUGCCAACAUGUUACAGGGCAUAACUGAAAGCCUAUUCAUGCAUAAAUUUGGUUCCUGGUGACAACACUGGGAAAUAGCACUACUUUUCACUCAAAAGGCCACUUGUGGACCAUUUGAGGAAGAAGAAAACUUCCUGGUUGAGAUCUGAAACCCUUCCACCAAUACUUCCAUUGACCAGAAAAGCAUCAGCAUCAAAGUUGCUUACUGGGUAUCAAAGAAGAACCUUAAUGGGUUCUUAGAUUUGAUGUGUGUCAGAAGGAUCCAGAGACAAUGGCAGGGUGCUCUUUAAUGAAAUGCUCAUUGCCAAUUCUCUUAAUAGCUCAAAGACCACGUUGUGUGAGAAAACACAAAUACCAAUGACUGAGCCAAAAGGUGAUUCACAAGAAAGAGAAAAU